CCCUUACCUCGAUCACACCCAGAGGCCUUGAGACUCCGACCUCCACACUUCGCGCGUCUAUAAAAAGAGCUUUCCUCCUCUGAGGAAGCAACAGCAGACCUUCUCCUACUGAGCAUUUCCUCACAGAGCACAGAGACAGCAGAGGAGGAGGAGAGGGAUCCCAGUUAAGUGUCGCCACUCUGGAAGAUCUGUGGACAAACGGAGAAAAAGCAAGAAUACAGGAAAGGAACGCUUUUGGAAAAGGCUGAAGAUGGUGUGUCUAUGUUGGUUGUUCGUGGUGGUGAUGGCGUAUGUGUGCGUCCCCGGGUUUGGGUCAAAAUGCUGGGAAAGCUCCAUCUGCAACGACCUGAGCAGCAAGGGAAGGAUACUGGACUGUAUUCACCUCUGCAUGUCAGUCAUUCAGACUGAACUCCCCCUCAGUCCAUUGGCGUUGAAGGUGAAUGAAGACGAUGACCUCUUGCUCAGCAUCAUCCUGGCCACCCUGGUGUCUGAAGACAAGAUACCAGGGUCAUAUCUGAAAGACCACAGCGAUGAGCGACGCUCCUAUUCAAUGGAGCAUUUCCGCUGGGGCAAACCCACUGGUCGUAAACGCCGGCCUGUCAAAGUGUUUGCCUCCAGUCCGGAGGGAGGGGGCUACUCUGGGGGCAGUUUCCCCCGCCAUGUGCGCCGGGAGCUGAGCGGCAACGAGGAUGAAAUGAGGGGGCAGCUGAAUGGAGGGGGUCAGAUCCAGGUGUUGCCAAAGGCGAGAGUCAGCCCUGAGUCUCAAGCGUUGGGCCCGCAGGAGAGGAAAGAUGGGACCUAUCGGAUGAGUCACUUCAGGUGGGGGAGUCCGACUUCUAAACGUAAUGGCAGCUUAAAGAAACAGUGGGGGGGGAAAUCUCGGCGGCAGCUGACCAAGCUCUUCAAGAACAUUAUGGUGAAGGAUGUGCAGAGGAUAAUGGGCUGAAUGUAGGAUGGAGGCGAGAGAAUCUAAAAGCCAUUGCAUGUUAGUAUCCACAGGUCUUUAUUUUAAACUAACUUGUCACAAUCAUUAGCAUGAAUGUAUUUUCUGGGUCUCAUUACAACCUCAAAUAAAGAGAAGAAACAAAGCAGUUUUUUUGUUUGAUAAAUAUAAUAAUGCAUCCAAAGCCUGCCGGUCUGAUUUGAGAUUUGUUGUUUUUCUUGUGGGAAUCAUCUUUAUGUGUUGAAGAAGAGAGCAUGCCAUUCCAUAGCAAGACGUGGGUGUGAAUGAAAGCUGUUAAAAACAUAUAUCCAGUUUAUUUACAGAGUUGUAUCUUUUUGUAAAUUAAUAUAAUAUUAAAGAUCAUUAAGUUUAUGGCAAACAAA